AUGCCUAGAAUGGAAAUCGAAAUCCCUGCUAUUCAUCCCGCAGUAGCAGUCAGAGCUCCAAGAGAGCCUCUCAUCCUUAUCGAUGCCCCGACAUAUCCACCCGACGCCGGCGAGGUUAUUGUCCAGGUAGAAUGGACCUCUUCUACGCCCUACCACCUGCACCAGGCAGACGGCGGCCUGUUGAUCGACAUGUUCCCCCGCAUUCUGGGCGAUACCUUCGCAGGGACGGUGCUCCUAGUCGGGCCCGGGCCGCACCACGUCGACCUUGAGGUCGGGGACAAAGUUCUGGGAUACUCAUUCCGCGACGACAAGGACGGCAAGGAAAAGGCGGCCCAGACCCUCAUCACCGUCCCCACUUUCUUGCUAGGGAAGAUGCCCAAGGGGUUGACGAUGCAGGAAGCCGUAACCGUACCCGACAACAUCGUCACCGUCUUCCAGGCCGCCGUCGAUCUCGGACUGCCGCUCCCAUGGCCCAUCCCGGAAGAUUGGACUCCCCCGGAAGCGGAUGUGCCGAUCUUGCUGUGGGGCGGAGCCGGAUCGGUUGGGAUGUACUCCAUCGAGGUGUUCCGGCAUUGGGGUUACAAGAAUCUCAUCGUGGUCGCGAGCCGGAAACAUCAUGAGUACCUCACCUCACUAGGUGCGACGGCCUGCUUCGACUAUCGAGAUAAGCACGUCGUCCAGAGUAUACAGGACCAUCUAGGCCACAAGGGCAUCCCCUACGUUAUCGACUGCAUUGGACACUUAUCAGGAUCUCUUGGACCUAUUACCCACCUGGCGGAUCAAGGCACCAAUGUUGCGGUUAUGCUCCCUGUCGUCAUUAAAGACCCAAGCGAGAUUGAGGCCCCUGUUUACCAGAUGACAGAGCCCGCUGAAGGACAAUGGAAGGAAGGUGUUGUUGUGAAGGGUGUCAGAACACAUUUUUAUCUCAAGAACAAACUCUUCAAGGACAAGAUGCAAUGUGAAAUAAUACCGUCAUUGCUGGAGCAAAAGGUGGUGAGGCCAAACCCGCAAAGAAUAGUCGAGGGAGACACGUUACUGGAGCGGGCUCAAGAUGCUAUCGUGCUCCUGCGAAACAAGGCCGUGAGCGGCGAACGACUUGUGUGGAGGGUUUCAGAAAACGAAGCGGUUGUAUAA